AUGGCCAUGCUGCAGUUAGCUGCCUUUGCUAGGGUCUACGAAACCGGCGACAAUGAGUUUAGCCAGUUCAUCCAUGAGCGAGUCUCACUGGGUCAACGACACAGUCACUAUGAACAGUCCACUUUCUCAGUAUUUUGGUAUAGAGCCCAGCCAGAGAUCGGGAGCGGUGUUUGUUUCCUUGUACAUGUGAACGCUGCCUUGAUGGCGGUGGUUCAGCGGAAUGGAAUGAGCAUUGUCGAGCCCUGUUCCUAUCAUGCUCGGGAAAUUAAAAAGCUUCACACGCGAGCUAUUAUGGCCGUUCCACUUGACAAAACCUGGCAUUAUCAAUUUGCUUCCGUACUGCCAACAAGAAUGGAGAUGAUCUGGACAGUCCAGCCCGCUCGAUCUGCACCGUCCAUUAAAGAGCUAAUAAACCGCACGGUUGCAGAUACACCCGUCUAUUAUCCUUGGCUCUUUGGCCAACGUCGUUCACCGGGCGAGGUGUCGAAGAACCAUGAUCCGGUUAGAGAUUGGCUUGAGAACACCUCGCAGCAGUGCUUCAAAACCCUUUCUGUCCAUGAUCGCGAGCAGCAAGAUGGCGCGCGUGGCACUGACGCCUUCUUUCUUAAAAACUGGAUCAGGGAGUGGGAGUUGACUGUUAAUCCCAAUGAUUCCUAUGAGGCUGUCCACAAACGGAAUAUAUUCAUUGUGGAUAAAGAGAACAACGAGCGAGCCCUUUAUAUCCGCGUAAUAGUCGUGCUCCAGGGAUAUAUAAAGACUCGCCAAUUAAAUAUCCCCGACCUGGGAGGAAUGGGUAGAAUGUGGGAAUCAGUUCCAGCAGGUCGUAUUGAAUGGUGGACGACCCUCGCCAUCACGAAGGCCACCCGCGAGCUUGACCAGAGAGACAUGAGUCCAGCAGAGGAGGAGUGGCGUCAGCUAAUGGAAUAUUUUGCGCAUGAUGACUGCAGCCGCCUCGUGGUUCUUACCACCACCGGGAGCUAUGAGUGA